CCUAGAUACAAAGAGCUGGCUGACUCAAGAAGAUUACUUGAAUCAACGGUCUACCUAACACCAGCAACCCACUCCUAAACUGGAAAACAUAAGCGCCGUUAUUGAUCAACACCAUCAUCGGCUGCUGGCCUUUGUCGUUACCAGUUAGGAGGACGUUAACAGCAACUAUACUCAGGCUCAACAAGACGCAACCGCCAACAAUGUCUACAAUAUCCUCCUCUCUUGCCACCCACUACCACAAUUUCACCCGUUACAUUAAUACCCGCCCCCGUGAAGCAGCGCUCACCUCUACGGCUGUAGCUUUCACACUAUCUCUAGCCUGGGUUCUCAAUGACUUCUACGCCUGGAAAGCCUUCGGCACAGGCGGCACACCACCAACAUGGGCCGGAUACUGGAGAAUGACCAAGAUCCGUGUCAACCGAUUCUUGCUUUUCGGAAAGGACGACCUAGCAAACGCUUCGACUCUCUCAAGCGCAGGUCCAAAGUAUCUUGACGCCGCAAAGGUUCCCGUCCGUCAAGGCCAACGCCCUCGCUCCAUCGCCCGCACCAUGCCUCAACGACAGGUCCCAUACGACAAGCGUGUUGUUGCACCUCUAGUCGAAGACCGCGUCGCUGGUAUGAUGGCCACAUUUGCAACCAAACAUUCCGACAUUCUCGAACUACGACCUAGCAAGACCGAAGGAGGUAGCGCCGAGGCAAUCUAUGCUAAACCAGAUCUUCCGACACUCAAUGCUCUUGCACCGUACAAUAAGAUGCUCACCACAGAAAUUGCGCAUGCCCAUUCAUCCGAAGGGAGUCUGCACGUCUGGUUGAGCGAGGCAGACGCAAAGACAGUGGUUGAGAAGGGUUGGGGCGUGCGGUUUCCUUUGUCUUUCGUCCCUAAGGGCUGGGCUAUGGUCUACGCGCCCCGGACGAUGGAGGAGGUGGAUCUUGUCGAGACUGUUGUCAGAGCUGGUAUCUCUUUCGUCACUGGCGUUGAAGUCUGAUGGGCGCUCCUCCAUGUAUGAUACUACUGGCUCCGGUGCUCUCACUUGC